AUGGCUUCGCGACAUCUCCCAGCGCUGCUCCAGCGGGGAUUCGCUGCCUCCCGCGGCAGCCGGCCGUCCAUGCUCAGGCCCUUCUCGACAACUGCUCGACAGCUCACCAAGGCGACCCAUCCCCGCGUGCCGGCCGAGCAGUCCAAGAUCAUGCUCGAGGACGACCACGGCUUCGGCUUCGUCCGACACAACACGCGCCCUCCCAAGCCGCGCAAAGUCGGCGUCACCGAGAUCAGAGGGCCCUACUACUCGGCCAUGGGCAAGCACUAUCUGAAGGACGUGCUCGAGACAUCACAUACACCAUCCAGCAUGGGCCACCACAUCGACGGGCUCAAGUUUGCCGGCGGCUCGUUCGCGCUGUUCCCCGAGGACAAACUGCGCGAACUGAUCGAGCUGGCCCACGAGCACGGUGUCUACGUGUCGACGGGCGGCUGGAUCGAGCACCUCCUGACGCAGUCGGACCCGGCCACGGCGAUCCCGCGCUACCUCAAGAAGUGCAAGGCCCUGCACUUCGACGUAGUCGAAGUCUCGACGGGCUUCCUGUCGCUGCCGCCGGACGACUUCGUGCGGCUGGUCGAGCGCGUGCAGGCGGAGGGGCUGACGGCCAAGCCGGAGAUUGGCAUCCAGUUCGGCGCGGGCGGCGACACGGACGCGGCCGAGCUCGAGGCCCUCAGCCGCAGCGGCGGCGGCGGCGGCGGCGGCACCUCGGACCCGAGCAAGCUGGUCGAGCUGGGCCGCCGCUUCGUCGACCAGCUCGGCGUCGAGCGCGUCAUGAUCGAGAGCGAGGGCAUCACGGAGAACGUCAGGGCCUGGCGCACCGACGUCGUCCGCCAGGUGCUGCGCGGCCUGCCGCAGGAGAAGGUCAUGUUCGAGGCGGCGGAGCCCAGGGUGUUCAAUUGGUAUGUGCGCGAGUUCGGCGCCGAUGUGAACCUGUUUGUGGACCACUCGCAGAUUGUGCAGCUGAGCUGCCUGAGGGAGGGGAUCUGGGGAAUGAGCGACACGUUUGGGAAGGUGGCCACGUUUCGAUAA